GGGCAGAGGAGGCUGGAUGUGGCCGAGUGGUGGGAGUCCUGUUGAAAUAGCCAAGCGCGGAAGGCAUAGCGUAGGCAGGGAAGCUGGAGGGAUGGAGCCUACUCUCUCGGAUGCCGGCUUGAAUUUUUCGUUUACUUUUCGGUUCUAGCCGCUGCCCGGCGUGGAUUUUGUGAGAGAACCCGGUGGCGGUUCUUCCAUUGUUCCUUGCUUGAACGUAAAUCUUAGUUCUGCUGCUUGUGGAUUUUUUUUUUUCUUUUUAAAUUUUUUUUUUUUUUAAAGGACCUUUCCAGAUAGCUUUUACGCCUGACAACAUGAAGCCUUUGUAUUUUUCAAUCAGUUACACCUAAUAUUGACAUUCGGCUCAGUACAAGGGACUAAAGUGCUGCCUCACUCAGAGGACCAUUAAAGACUUUUUUUCCCUCUCGCUCCAUGUAGCUGAAUGUGUUACGACACACCCUUUCUCGCCCCCCAAAUCUUCCGAAAGGUUUUUCCGAAAUGAAGAAAUUUAAUUUUCGCAAAGUUUUGGAUGGUUUAACCGCCUCGUCCCCUGGUGGAAGCAGCGGUGGUGGAAGUGGGGCUGGCGGUGGCUCCGUGCACCCGGCAGGGACUGCAGGAGCUGCAGGGACUCCCAGAGACGAGAUCCAGGAGACGCUCACUUCAGAUUAUUUUCAGAUUUGUAAGACGGUGCGCCAUGGUUUUCCUUAUCUACCCACUGCCUUAGCUUUUGACCCAGUUCAGAAAAUUCUGGCAAUUGGAACAAGAACAGGAGCCAUACGAAUAUUGGGGAGACCUGGUGUUGAUUGCUACUGCCAACACGAAAGUGGUGCUGCAGUCCUGCAGCUCCAGUUCUUAAUCAAUGAGGGUGCUUUGGUCAGUGCAUGUGCAGAUGAUGCGCUUCAUUUGUGGAAUCUCCGACAGAAACGACCAGCUAUCCUACAUUCUCUGAAAUUUAACAGAGAAAGGAUUACCUACUGCCAUCUACCUUUCCAGAGUAAAUGGCUUUAUGUUGGAACAGAGAGGGGAAAUACACACAUUGUAAAUAUAGAGUCCUUCAUUCUUUCUGGAUAUGUUAUCAUGUGGAACAAGGCAAUAGAACUAUCCACAAAGACUCACCCUGGGCCAGUUGUACAUUUAAGUGACAGCCCAAGAGAUGAGGGAAAACUAUUAAUAGGCUAUGAAAAUGGGACUAUAGUAUUCUGGGACUUACGAUCCAAAAGAGCUGAUCUGAGAGCUUAUUAUGAUGAGGCUAUUCAUUCUGUCGCUUGGCAUCAUGAAGGGAAACAGUUCAUGUGCAGUCACUCUGAUGGCAGUUUGACCCUAUGGAAUCUAAAAAGUCCUAACAGACCAUUCCAGACCACAAUUCCACAUGGGAAAAUGCAAAGAGAUGGAAAAAAACCUGAAUCUUGUAAACCAAUUCUUAAAGUAGAGUACAAGACCUGUAAAAACAGUGAACCAUUUGUGAUCUUUUCCGGUGGAUUGUCAUAUGAUAAGGCAUGUCGAAGACCAAGUUUAACAAUCAUGCAUGGGAAAGCAAUUACAGUUCUUGAAAUGGAUCACCCUAUAGUUGAUUUUUUAACUCUUUGUGAAACCCCAUAUCCAAAUGAAUUUCAAGAACCCUAUGCUGUAGUUGUGCUUUUGGAAAAAGAUCUCAUUGUUGUUGACCUGACACAAAGCAAUUUUCCAAUCUUUGAAAAUCCAUAUCCUAUUGACAUUCAUGAGUCACCUGUUACCUGCACAGAAUAUUUUGCGGACUGUCCUCCAGAUUUGAUUCCUGUACUCUAUUCUGUAGGAGCAAAGCAUAAAAAGCAAGGAUACAGCAAUAAGGAGUGGCCCAUCAGUGGUGGAGCAUGGAACCUUGGAGCUCAGACAUAUCCUGAAAUCAUUAUUACAGGCCAUGCAGAUGGAUCAGUAAAGUUUUGGGAUGCUUCUGCCAUUACUCUACAGAUGCUGUACAAAUUUAAAACAUCAAAGGUCUUUGAAAAACAGAAACAGGGAGAAGGAAAAGCAACAGCUGAGAUUGUGGAAGAAGAUCCUUUUGCUGUUCAGAUGAUGUACUGGUGUCCUGAAAGCCGAAUUUUCUGUGUGGCAGGAGUUUCUGCAUAUGUGGUUGUUUACAGGUUCAGCAAACAUGAAGUAAAUACUGAAAUUGCAUCAUUAGAGGUACGACUUCAGUAUGAAGUAGAAGAUAUCAUUACUCCUGAACCGGAAAUAAUUCCUCCGUUUCCAGAUGCCUCCUCCCAGCUUCCUUCUUUAAAGAGCCUUUCAGGCAGUACCAACACUGUAGCAUGUGAAGGAACAAUGAAGGAUAGUAUCCCGUGUCUUAGCGUUAAGACUCGACCUGUGCGAAUGCCGCCUGGAUACCAAGCAGAUCUUGUUAUUCAGUUGGUGUGGGUGGAUGGUGAGCCUCCACAACAGAUUACAAGUCUUGCUAUAAACUCUGCUUAUGGACUAGUGGCAUUUGGAAACUGCAAUGGUUUGGCUGUUGUGGACUUCAUGCAGAAGACAGUUCUGCUGAGCAUGGGAACCCUUGACCUCUAUGGAUCGAGUGAUCCAUACCAGCGCCAGCCCCGCUCACCCCGCAAAAGCAAGCAGUUUGCUGCAGACAACUUUUGCAUGCGUGGCCUGUCUAACUUUUAUCCAGAUUUAACGAAACGGAUCCGUACUUCCUAUCAGAGCCUGACUGAACUCAGUGACAGUCCAGUUUCCCUGGAGCUAGAGCGUUGCAAGUCUCCCACUUCAGUUAAAGGAUCAAGAAAGUUAAGUCUGCCAACAGAUCUUAAGACUGAUCUUGAUCACGUCAAUGGUCACUGUACAAGUCCAACGUCCCAGAGCUGCAGUUCAGGGAAACGACUUUCCAGUGCAGAUGUCUCAAAAGCAAAUCGCCGAGGCCCUGGGAGGCCCCCCUUCAGAAAAGCCCAGUCUGCAGCCUGCAUGGAGAUUUCCCUCCCAGUCACCACAGAAGAAAACAGGGAAAACUCCUUCAGCCGUUCCCGGAGCUCCAGCGUGUCCAGUAUCGACAGGGACUCAAAAGAGGCAAUUACUGCUUUGUACUUCAUGGAGUCCUUUGCCCGAAAGAAUGACUCUGCUGUGUCCCCUUGUCUCUGGGUUGGAACAGGCCUGGGUAUGGUCUUAAUCCUCUCCCUUAAUCUGCCUGCUGGUGACGAUUUACGGCAGUCAGAGCCGGUGAUGGUGUCUCCAAGUGGCACAGUUCUGACACUGAAAGGAGCCGUGCUGACCUUCGCCUGCUUGGACUGCACAGGGACCUUGACACAUCCACCAUACGAAGUAUGGAGGGACCUCCACAGUGCUGAUGAUGGUGAAAAAACAAGGAAAAGGAAACUUGUAAUGCAUUCCCCUUCCUCCUCCCAGGAUAUGGGUGAUCAUCAAUUUGCAGUCAUUUGUUCAGAAAAACAAGCCAAAGUCUUCUCAUUGCCUUCCCAAACAUGUCUUUAUGUCCACAACAUCACCGAAACGUCCUUUUUAUUGCGAGCAGAUGUGGUCACCCUCUGUAACAGCGUCUGUCUGGCGUGCUUUUGUGCCAAUGGGCACAUCAUGACACUGAGCUUGCCCAGCCUUCGCCCACUGCUGGACAUCAACUAUUUGCCAGUUACAGACAUGAGGAUAGCAAGGACCUUUUGCUUCACUAACGAAGGGCAAGCUUUGUAUCUCAGCUCUCCCACAGAGAUUCAGCGCUUGACGUACAGCCAGGAGAUGUGUGACAAUCUGCAGGACAUGCUUGGGGAUUUGUUUACUCCUGUGGAAACACCAGAAGCUCAAAACAGAGGCUUUCUCAAAGGACUUUUUGGAGGAAGUGGACAAGCUUUUGACAGAGAGGAGCUUUUUGGUGAGGCCACAGCAGGAAAAGCCUCUCGGAGUCUUGCCCAGCACAUCCCUGGAUCGGGUGGAAUUGAAGGCGUGAGAGGAGCCGCGGGAGGAGUCAUUGGGGACUUGACUCGUGCACGCAUUGCCCUGGAUGAGAGAGGACAGAAACUGGGAGAGCUGGAUGAAAGGACUGCAAGCAUGAUGGCCAGCGCAGAGGCAUUUUCCAAACAUGCACACGAGGUGAUGCUGAAAUACAAGGACAAAAAGUGGUACCAGUUUUAGACUUUCAAAGAAGCUGCUUGUGGCUUUAUUAAGAACACUGUUCAGGGAAGCAACAUUCAUUCCCAAAUCUACCAGUCACUGGCCAGGGACAGGUUUUUUUUUCUCCUAGAAGAUGUUUUCCUGUUACUAUUAUCGGAUUCAUCGCAGUGGGAGUCAAGGAGAAAUUUUACAGACCACAAGACAGAAGCUAGAAUCAUGUGGGUCUUACUCCAACAGCUGGCUCAUGCAGUAGCCAUUUUUUUUUUCCAAAAGGAACUCAACCAUCACUGUGGCAUGUAGUUUUUCAGAAGCUGUAGGUAUGAACUGUGGGGAGUGCGUCUGGUUAAAACUAUUCUGUACAAACUCGAAUGUUAAUGCACUUAUAAAACUUUGCAUGACUAAUUGACAUCUUAAAAAAGAAAAAAAAAAAGAAAAAAAAAGUUAAAAAGAAAGCAUGUUGUGACCGAAGAAAAAUGGGAUUUAUUUAUAUUCUGAGGAAAAAAAAAACCCAAAUAACAACCAACCUUAAAUGGAAAAUUUUUAUUUUUAAAAGUGACAUUACAAAAAGCCAGUGCAUUUCAAGCAUGUUUGCUACCAUUCUCAGCAUAAAAAUUAGUCAAGCUGCAUUUUCUUAUCUGGUAUUUAUUUCCCUUGAAAAACCUUCCUUGAAAUGAGUGCUCUUUAACUCCUACAAGUACAAGUAACUUCAAAAUCCUAUGGCCAAAAUGUAGAUUUUUCAAGUAGCUAGACAGGCACUAUCUGAAAUGUCAUUAAAAUGUGGGUCUAGAUGGUUUAUUUGCAAUUCAGAGCACAUGACAUGUCAUCCUUAUCUGUACUUUUAAGAAAAUGCUCUAGCUUCAUCUCAGUUGUCCUUGAGGGGGACGGGGGCAUUUUUCCAGCCCUGUGGUGUCGUUAUCACUUGGUUGCCUUAUUUCUCAGCAGCAGGAAUAGAAAAUCAGCUUGGGAAGGUGCUGCUUCAAGUUAGAAUAGACCAGAUGGGAACCACAGGGCUAGAAGUUGGAGAGUCCCAUUUGAAUUCUGCUCACUGAAGCUGCUUAGCACAGCAGGGAUCUUUCUGGAGUGGUCAGUUGAAAUCAUGCUAAGGAAACUGCACAGUAACCACCCUGAAGCUGGGGGAGAUAGCCCAUGGCAGCAGGACUAAACGAUGGGCCAGGGGAGCAGCAUGAAAAACAACCAUCAACAUCCUGUGCUGAAUGGGCACAUACACUAACUGGCACCCUGGGUGAGUGGCAACUGACUUUCUGCUCACACUGCAAAGAGUCAUUUGGUUCUGCUUCAGAGUGGCUUGUUUGGUUUCUGCAGUGACCUCUCCAACCUGCAGCUACAGAAGAGAACAGUAAGUAGAACCUCCUACCUGUCUGUGCAAAGAGAUUCCUAGGCCAUGAGUGUGCUGCAGCCAUGGUAGCCUACGAGAGCCUCACUGCCACACGGAUCAUCAGCUGUGAAGUCACAUACUUUUCCAUGAUUGGCUUGGCAACAAGGCACUGAAGGUUUGUUUUUGUGUGCCUGGACAUAGCUUCAAAUUAGAAAAGGAAAGUGAGGGAAAGGUGGAAAAGCAAGAUUCAAAAAAUUUCUAAGCAAGAAGAGUGACAUCCUCUCUCCCUUUCAAGGAGUUCUGGUGGAUAGUGAUGCAGACAGGCAGCAUCCCCCUCCUAACUAGACCUUAACUUCACUGGUGUUUAUAUCACCCCAGCAGUCAGACAAUUUCUCCCAAAGAUGCCUUUCCCAUAUCCUUCCUUCUCUUACAAUAAAAUGGAGCCCAGAAACUGGUACAGUUCAGAAGUCUGGCUUCACUGUCAGCCCAGUUGCACAGGUCAAAGGAGAUACUAAGUUUUAAAUUCACACUGUGCCACACCAGGAAUGUCAUGCUUGCAGGUUUUUUUACGUUUCUCUGUGGACAAAGUCAACAUGAUGGCUCUAACAGGUCUAGCUCAACUGGGAAUGAGAACCAGUUUUCUUUCUGUCACAGGAGAAGCUGCUCUGCAAUUGUGAGAACAGUAGACGUUUGUUGGGAAAAAGGUCAAAGCCCAAGCACUGCCUAGGUUUGUGCUGAGAGGUAAGGAACUGGAGUUGUCCAUGAGGAUGCCUGUGUGUGUGUUUGAGGAAACAGCAGCUCACCACUCUGAUGCCAACAGAAACUGGGUCAGGGAACUCCUUCCAGUGGGCAGGUCACAGAACUGGUCACCUGGGUGCACAAGGGAGCACCACUGUAACAAGGCAUCUAGAGUGAGAAAUAAAUGAGACCAACGUUAUAGUAAUUCUAUCUUCUGGUUAAAUGUCUAUUCACUCUGCCUGUGCUCUGGCCUGUACUCCAAAACCACUAGUCUCUGACAACAAAAUAAUUUGGGGCAGCAGUUCCUUCAAACCCCAAACCAACUUUAUAGACCUUGUUCUUCCCAUCUUCUCUACCUCUACAGAGAAGAUAAGCAGGCUUCAAUAAUACCAAGCCAACCCUCUCCCCCCCGCCCAGUGGUUGUUCUGUACCCAGUGCUAUGCUUGCUUCUGCCCUGAGCUGGCACAGAGGGAAAGGCCAUGACCAGUUCCAGUGUGGCACUGGUACCCCACAGGCCAUGGGGCCAGUUUCCACUAGGAACUGGUGUCAGGCAGUCAGCCUUUCAGAAGGCAGGUCGGGUGCCUGGCAGCUACUCUGGCAGCAGUUGGCUCACUUCCAUGACAAGGAAGCUGCCAGUUCUGCCCAAGUGUUCAGCUGUCCCUCACAUGGGUGGCAAUAUUGCACAGAUCCUCAUUACCUUGAUUUCCAUGGAAAUGGCCUUAAGCUGGAGCUGGAGCCUGCUCACUCAUUCUGAGAAUCAAGUGUUAAAAAAAAAAAAAGAGCAACUUUUAAUUGCUGAUGACUACAGCACACCCAGAGAGCAGUGUCUUCAAGAAGUCAUGCCUGACUGACUUGAACAGCAAACAGUUACUAGCUUAACACCAGGGAAAAAAAACAACAAACACAAACACCAAACAACUUGCCAGUGGAAUCCACUUGCAUCUUUAUGCAACAGAGAAAUGAGAAUCUAGCAUCCCUCCAACUUAAAACUUUUAACACCAAACUUUUAAAAAAGCAACUUUUCUCUGGUUCUCCCCAUCAGGUCACAGCUGUAUCUUGCUUUCCACUCUUACAUAUUUUACAUCUUUCCAGACAGUUACAAAUUACUAUUUCUGUUAAGUUCACCACUUGUGACUAUAAUUAUCAAUUUUCUUGUAGUCUGUAGAGAUCUAAAAAGUUGUAUAUGUUUGUAUAUAGAACAUUCUAUAUAUAUAAAUAUAUAUAUGUAAUGUAUAUGUUGUAUAAGUUUGUUAGUGCACACUGUUAAAUGCUUUCUAUCAAGAUUUACCAUGUAUGUGGAAAAAAAAACAACAAACAAACCAACCCAUCACUUAAAAACUUCAAUGAGGGAGGAAAAACUCUUGCCUGGUUGAUUUAUUGUGAAAUGAGGGGGAGUGUGGGAUUUUUGAAAGGCCUGACCAGAAUGCUUCUAAAGGCUGUUAGUGAAAGGAAUAAAGAUGCAGCAUUUUGAGCAAGGAGCAGAGCAUCUGACCUGACUUGCUCCAACAACAUUGAGGACACAGCUGUCGCUGGAUGUUGAAAUCAUGUGCUUUCACCUUUCCCCACGGAGACAGCACCACCUCAAGCAAAGUCCUGAACUUAAGAGGUAGCUUCCACAUCUCAAUCUCACUCAGUUAGAACAGACCGGAUUGGCUGGAUGUAUUUGUUCAAUUUAAAAUGCUUUUUGCUCAUUUUGGGAGCCUGUUUUCUCACAUUUCUUCUUUACAGGAGCUCUCUGCCACAACCACAGCCAAGCCCAGGCACACAGAACUUUCAGCAGCACGCACACCCCACUGGCCUUGACCAGGUGUGGUUAGUAUUACACACAGAGCUGUAGAUAGAGAGCAUAUAGAGAAAAUAUAUUAAAUUAGAUUAUUUGUGUUUUCAGAGUUGGCAGUCUUCAAUGAAGUACAAGCUAUUUUAUUAAAAAAAUAAUAAUAAUAAAGCUCAUCCCCAGAGUUUAACUUAGGCUUCAAAUCUCGAUUUAAAAGACAAGAUAAAGGCAAAUCUGAGAAGCAGGUUUUGUUUUGUAGAAUGACCAGUUUUCUAUUUUUUUUUACAGUUCUACAGUUCAACUAUGUACAUUGAGGCAUUUCCUAUAUUACCAGAAUGUAUCUUCUUACACAAAUACUGAAGGGAAAUACUCUUACUUAUUACACACAUUUUAUAAAAUGAUCACAUAUAGAAAUUCCUUUUACAGCAGCCCUUUCAAAUAAUGUGGUUUUUUUCAGGAUACAAUUUAAGAAGAAAACACUGGCCCUUAAAUAAGAGCUUUGUUCAACCUCCAGACCCCUCCAUUUGUAAACUGUGUGUAUUGUAAAACACAGUCAAAAAGUCAGAUUUCAGUUAAUCACGCCCCUUAAAUACCAUGUGACACACACACACACACAUCCUUUUCCAUAACCUAAAGGUGAAUUCAAGCACAAUAUGUUUCAGUCUUGAAUGAUUUUUGCCUUGGUAUGGUCUUAGUAAGAACACACUCUCUCUCAUUAAGGAACUAUGUGUGACCAUUUGUAGUCAACUUGUCAUCUUAGGUGUAUAAGCAAUAGUCAUGUAAAUGAGUGUUUCCAUUCAUGUGUUUUGUUUUGUGGUUAAAUCAACAAAUCAAACAUUGUACUUUUUUAAAUAGCAAACCAAUAUUCAGAUUUGGUGUCGAGGAAACGUGGCCAGAAUAUGUGUGGGGUUUGUUAAGGAGUCAUGACCAGUAUCUCAGAAGGCAGGUGAACAUGGGGUGCACCACAUGCUCCUGCACCAACCACGGCCUGUUCCCACAGGUAUCCUAAAUCAGUGUCACAAAUGGAAAACUAAGGCAUCUUUAACUGAGGCUGCUCUGAGUCCCCAGUAACAACCAAAAAAAGAGGAAAGAAAAUAAAGGAAAUAAUUGAUA